CAUUACCCAACUAUCUUCAUACUUAGACACAAGUCAACAACGAUAUACAAAGACUAUUGGAAGAGUUUUAUUUGGUUGUAAUCAUAAACAAAGCAAUUCAGCAACAAUCAAUGGGUUCUCUUAUGGCAGGAUGGGACUCUCACACACCAACUUCACUUCAAAGGAAUCGCUCACUCACCAAUGAAGAAAUUGAUGCUUUCUGGAAAUCAAAGAAGGACACAGAGGAGGAACACCUCAAAGAUAUUUCAAAUUUAUCAAAAACUAUUCAGCCCGGCAAAUAUGAGGAUACUGUGCCCUUGGCCCGCGGAAUGAAGAAGGAGUCAAUCGGCAUGGAUCAUGUUGACAAAAAUAUGAAGCAGCUCAUCAACAAAAAUGGCUGGUGGACUAAGAGCAACUGGGCAUUUCUGAAUGAACCUCCGGUGAUGGAAGCUCCUACCAACAAGUAUGCAUCACAGUUUCACAUAGCCAACUUGGGAUCAACAAAAACAAACCCCGGACAACAUGGAAUUAGUGCUUGAUUAAAUAUUGGAAUAGUCUUAUCUAAUUCCACCCUUUAUAAUUAUAUACAUGUAAUAUAUCCACGAAUGUAAUCGUUUUUAUUUAUGGACACAAAUGUAUUUGUUGGUAUCUAUAUAUAUGGGCGCUGAUUAUAUUUUGCAAC